AUGGAUCAAACUUUUGGAUCGUUAACUGUUGCUCAGGCUCGGGAUGCUUCUUGGAUUGUUGCUCCUCUGAUUACCACAUUUAGUAUUUCCUUCACUACUAAUCCAACAAAUGAAUCAUCAGAUUUUCAGGCUGUGGCCUACACUUUAGUUUCCGUCAUCACUCUCGGCCAACUCGGCGCUCUGUUACCGAAACAAGCAAAAUUCAGGCUUGUGCUAUGGCUGUUUGGCCUCGCAUCAUUAAUGCCCCUUUUAUCCAACCUCUGGAUGAUUCGCGAUGCGCAACAAGCGGCGAAAACAUUCGGCCCUGAGCGAGAGCACCCCGUCGAGAGCCUUGUACGCGGUGGCAAGGCCAACUUUAAGAGUCUUCUCAAGACCCAAUCUACGUCUUACAAAGAGGCUGUCGAACAAUACCAGCUCCGAUACCACGCUGAGCCGCCGCCAGGCUUCCAAGCUUGGUAUGAGUUUGCAGUUCACCAUAAAUCUCCUGUAAUCGACGAUUUUGACGCAAUUUAUCAUGCCGUGUCACCAUUUUGGAAACUCAGCGGGAGACGGGUGGCUGAGACUAUGAGCCAGAUUCACUUUGCGCAAAACAGUGAAAUGUGGUUCUGCAGUUUCCACGGCGAAUCUGCUACCUCGGACUGUGCGCAUGCUUAUCGAGUUUUCGAUAGACAUCUCAAGGUUCUACUUGAUACGCUAUUCCAAGGACUAGAUGGCGCUCUUCCCGACGUCAAGUUUCUGGUGAAUCAUUUUGAUGAGCCGCGGAUAUUAAUCCCGACGUGGGGAGCGGAUGAGGCCCGUAACCAUCCGCAGUUUAACAUCACCAGCAUGUCCCAUCAACCUAUUUGGGAUGAGGUGACAAAAUUCUGUGCGUCCAAGGAUGAAAGCAAGAAAGCAAAGACGCAAUCUUCAUCGCAAGCGUUUGAUCUACCAUUUGUCACGGAUCAAUCCUCCGCCAUGGAUCUCUGUGAACACCCAGAGUAUCGCAAUAUGCACGGCCUCUUCAUGAGCCCCGUGUCCUUUUCGCUUGUCGAGGGGUUUAUCCCAGCUCUCUCGACCGGCUCGCCUUCGACAAUGGGCGACAUCUUACUCCCGAGUCCUGCAUACAUUGAAGGAGAAUUUAUAUACGACGACUCAAAAGAGGUUGGCUGGGAUAAAAAGCGUAACAACCUCUACUGGGCUGGAUCCACGACCGGCGGGUUUGCCACAGAUGCAAACUGGAGAAACUACCAGAGGCAAAGAUUUGUGAAGCUGGCACAAAACAUAGAGCGACAAGAGUUUUACUAUUUGCGACAGAUUGGCGGUGUAAUCCAGCGCGUUGCGUCAACGUUUCUUAACGGUCGGCUCUUUGACGUCGCCUUUACCAGGAUAUUCCAAUGCGACAGGAAAUACUGCAGAGAUCAGAAGAGAUUCUUCAAGGUCGGUGGGUGGGCAGAUAAGGACAAAGCACUCAAGUCACGUCUAGUCUUUGAUCUCGAUGGAAAUGGUAUUAGUGGUCGCUAUUACAAGCUGCUCGCAUCAAAGUCGGCACCAAUGAAGCAAACGCUCCUCAGAGAAUGGCACGAUGAUCGCCUCGUUCCCUGGGUUCAUUACAUCCCAGUCAGCCAGAGUUUGGAAGAGCUUCCGGAGUUGGUGUUCUAUUUGACAUCAACCGAGGCCGGACAAAAUAGGGCCAGAGAAAUUGCAGAGCAGGGUCGAGAUUGGUUCUUCAAGGCAAUGAGAGAAAAGGACAUGGCGGUGUACAUGUAUCGACUGCUGUUGGAGUUGGCGAGGCUACAGGACCCGAGCAGAGAGGCAGGAUCUCCUGCAACCCACUAG